AUGUCUCCCACAGAUACGAACCCGGGGUACCUGGCUUGCCGACUGAUCGGUCUGCUCGGGACAGGUUUCGCCUCAGGUGUUUUUCUUUCUACGGCAUACUUUUCCAUGCCAGGGUUGCUCAAAACCAAGGAUGCUAGUGGAAAAGCAGUCGCAUUUAAGGAAACCUCAAACAGGUCCCAUGCUCUUCUGAACCGUACUGUCUUCCCAUCCGCCAUAUCGUUGGUAUAUGCGGCUAUUCACGCGCCUUCCCACCCUGAAGAUUGGAUCAACCCGACAACUCUCCUUGGGAUCGCCGCGACCACGGUUACCUUCACACUUCCCUAUUCGUAUUUCAAGGUAUCUAAGGCUAGGAAGUCAUUGAUGGCAGCUGGGCAGGCUGUAGAGAUUGAUGAUGAGAAGCAAUUGGGUCUUUCCAUUGUGGAUGAUGGUAUUGUUCACAGCGACAUGGUAACUUGGAUUGCUGGAGAGGCUACGAAGGGAUGGCUUAUGUUUGGUGGGUUUAUGCUCACCGCGGUGGUGGAGGUCUACUAUCUUUAG